AUGCUGGAUCCACCAGAUCGCAUCCCCGGCGCUCGCUUCUCCAUGCCUCCCCACAAACGCAACAUCAUCAUCGACUGCCGCCACGGACUUGUCCUUUUCCGCCGCCAAAGGCGGUCGCAAAGCCUAUUUGUGUGGGAGCCCGUCGCCCGCGAGAAGCGCCGCCUCAGCUUCCCACCGGAGCUGGACAACAGCGAGAUGUACAUCAUCAACGGGGCGGUGCUUCGCCCUGCCCGCGGCCGUUCAAGCCAUUUCCAGGUGGCCCUGAUAGCCAAAGGCAAAGAAAAUACAAGAGUUGCCGGAUGCCUUUUCUCAUCGGAGACCGGUUUAUGGAGCAACAUCAAAACACUGCAGCUGGAUUUGUCCAAUAGGUGUACGCCACAGCCCAGUACUUUGAUUGGGAAUUCCCUUUGCUGGUUAAUUGCGGUGCAUCGUGACCAUCCUCAAUAUGCCAUACUUGAGUUUGAUCUGGAUAGGCAGAGCCUAGCCGUGACAGAGCUGCCACCACACUUAGAAGCAGGCUAUGACCAAUUAAGGAUUAUUACACCGGGCGAAGAUGGUGGCCUUGGCUUCAUCCAUCUCUCACAUUUUCGCGCGCAGAUAUGGAAGAGAAAGCCUGAUUGUGAUGGUUUGGCUGUAUGGGUGAUCGACAGAGCUAUUGAAUUCAAGGAACUUAGAUCAAAUUGCAAGGGCUACUCCCUCACUUUAGUUGGGUUUGCCGAGGAGAGUAAUGCAAUCCUUGUACUUCCAGCUUCUGGCGUCUUCAUGGUAAUAGCAAGCCUUUAUAUAAUUUACUUUGCAGCUAGGAUUCCGGCAACAGUGGUGGUAGGCAUUACCUUCUCCUUGUGGCUCGAGGAGCCACCGGUGCCGGCCAUGGUGACGGUGGCAGGUGACAUGGUGACGGUGGCAGGUGAUGGCAGAGAGUAG